AUGAUUGUGCCAACUGGGUUCAGGUUCAAUCCCACCGAUGAGGAGCUCAUUGAGAUAUUAGAAAGGAAAGUAAAUGCGAAGCAAAUGCCCCUCCAUGACUGUUUCAUUGUUGAAAGAAACUUGUAUGAGCAUGAACCAGAAGACCUUAAAUGGGAUCCAACCAUGGCAUUACACAAGAACGAGAGAUAUUUCUACUGCAUAAGAGAGAAUGAUUCUCGAGAAGUUUCAGGUCGAGGAUGGUGGAAAGCUACAAGCCAUGUCAAGAAAAUUUAUUCUACUGAAACAAGUGUGGUGGGUUACAAAAGACCUCUCACAUAUCACAAAUUUACCGGUAAUAAAAGAAAGCGUAACAAAGCCAUCAAGACCAAUUGGAUUAUGUAUGAAUAUAGCCUUGAAUCCUACACAACGGAAUGGAGACUAUGCAAGAUCAAAUAUAAGGGAAAACAAAGUGUGCAAGAAGAGUUGGAGAAUAUUAAAAGAGGAUACAGAUUGAGUAAUGAUAUUUCUGAAGAAAAUUGUUCAAUAAUGGAGAUGAAGCCAGUUUUUGUUGAAGAAGAAGAAGAAGAGAAACAACAACAACCGCAAUCUCUUGAACAAAUUGACGCAAUUUAUGAACCUGAAUUUACUCAAAACAUGGAGCUUUAUUCUUCAUAUGAUCCAAUCCUAACUCACAUUACAAAAGAUUAUAAUUUUGGUGAUUAUAAUCAGCUGGAGCAAUUGCCGUAUUCAUUAGACGAAUUAUUUCCGAGCUUUUGGUGA